AUGUCAAUAUCAAUCUUCAAGCGUGUGUGUCCACGCGCCACCACACUCCUCCCAUGUUCUUCCUUUUCUUCCUCUUCUCAAUCUCCGGAUAACACCGCCGUAUCCGCCGCCGUAUCAAUCCUAACCCACCAACGCUCAAAAUCGCGGUGGUCUGCCCUUCUCUCUCUGUACCCACAUGGCUUCACUCCUUCACAAACUUCCCAAAUUCUUCUCAAAAUCCGCAAUAAUCCCCAUUUAUCUCUCAACUUCUUCCUCUUUAACACCCGCCAUUUUUCUUCCUCCGCCUCCCUUCUCUCUUACGCCACCAUAAUCCACAUAUUAGCCCGUGCACGCCUCAAAUCCCGUGCAAAAUCGCUUAUUAAAUCAACAAUUAAGAAAUUCGACUUUGCGGAUAUUGAUGAAUCCAAACUUUUAUCUGGUAAAAAUUGUAAACUUUUCAGGGUCUUGGUUGAAACCUAUAGGGUAUGUGAUUCUGCCCCUUUUGUGUUUGAUUUGUUGAUUAAAUCUUUAUUAGAAAUGAAUAAAUUAGACCCAUGUAUUGACAUUGUUAGAAUGUUGCAAUCUAGAGAAUUUUAUCUUAAUGUUAGUACUUACACUGAUUUAAUUUCAACUGGUUUGAGAAUUAAAGGGUGUUUCUUUGGAUAUGAUUUGUAUAAAGAGUUAUUUACUUGUAAUGAUAAGGUUAAACGUAAAUUAGUACCAAAAGUGCAUAUUUUCAAUGAUUUGAUGUUGUCAUUUCAUCGAAACGGGUUUCUUGACAUGGUGGAGGAAGUUUGGAUUGAGAUGAUCAAAUCCAAAUGUGAGCCUGACUCUUACAGUUUUAGCAUUUUAAUGGAAGCUUAUUGUGAAGAAGCUGAUAUAGGAAAGGCUGAAAAAGUAUGGGAAGAGCUGAAAUUGAAGGGCUUGAAUCCUGAUAUUGUUGGUUAUAAUACAUUAAUUGGUGGGUAUUGUAGAAUGGGUAAGGUUCAAAAGGGGGAGGAGCUUUACAGAGAAAUGGAAAUGGAGGGCAUUAAGGGUAGUUGUGUUACUUAUAAACAUCUUAUACAUGGUUAUUGUUUAGCUGGUGAUGCAGAUUCUGCAAUGCUGUUGUAUAAUGAUAUGUGUAGGAAAGGAUUUGAGUCGGAUAGUUCGAUUGUCGAUUCAUUGGUUGCGGUUCAUUGUUCUAAGAAAUCGGUUUUAGAAGCUUUAGAGUUUUUUGGGGUUGCCAUGAAAAAUGCUGGUUUUGUUGCGAAAGAGUCGAGUUAUGAGUUACUGAUGAAGGGUUUGUGUGAUGAGGGGAAGAUUGAUGAGGCAUUGAAGCUUCAGGCACAUAUGGCAGGAAAAGGGUUGAGUCCCAAUUCACAGAUAUAUGGUGCUUUUAUUGAUGGUUAUAUAAAGCUAGGAAACCAAGAUGUAGUGGAAAGCCUGAGGAAGGAGAUGAAGGAAACUUGA